AAUGAUGACUAUACAACGAACACGAACUUUAGUAAAUUCCCAGGAAAAGUCCUAAAAAGGCUCAGACAAGAGCAAUUCGGAUGAAGCAAAUAAACUAGGUGUUUCUCAUCAUGGGUAAGCUGCCUAACUACCUUAUGAGAGACAUUACCCCCAUCUUCUUCUAAUCAACACUUGCAGAAAAUAUUUGGAUUACGAGCUCUCCACAGCCAGAAACUUUGGACCCGCACCAAUGUCCAAAUCACUAGUCCGCCCGUGCUGUUAUCCUACCUAGUUAUACCAGCACUUUCAUCAACUGAAACGAAUAUGGAGACUGGAGUCUGGACCCAUCUCAUCUCAUCUCAUUGACAGAAGAAAGGAGUUUCACCAAUCACUACCUAACAUCUCUCUCUCUCUCUGAAUCUGAAAUCAUACGACAAAACAAAACGUCACAACCCAAAUACCCAUAACCCCUAACUGACAUAAUUGAAUGGUCUAUAUAUGCUUUAUUACUAAAAAUAAAGGACGAAAACCAAAAAGUGGCAAAGAAUUUGCCACGUUGGAGACAAAUACAUCAUUCAAAUCAUUGCCUUUGGUUGCACCAUUUUAUUUCUCUCAGUGGUACGGUUGAUCACUCCAUUUGAAGGAUGAAGAUGAAGCUCUAGGCACUCCACGACACCAUCUCUCUCCCUCCCUCCCUCCUUCCCUCACUGUUACGCCGGCCCUCGGCAUCAUGAUGACCACAUCACUUUCAUCUUCGGAGCCAUGUUAUGCGUACCAUAUUGGUUCUGGAACUGCUUUUUGCAGUCUAGAUUCUACUUGUCUCCAUUUCUCCAGCUUGCCACAGCAGGUCUCAAAUGGCAUCACCGUCACGCCGUCGAAAUGGCUAUCUCCGGCAGAGGACAGCCCAAGGCCAUCACACUUACACGAGUUUCAGUUCUUGGAGACACAUAAUGUCGCAGCACCGUGCCGCUUUCUUGAGUCGAGAGAAUAUGCGACUCCCGUGAUGCAACCAGUCACGACUGAAUAUCAGCAGAACCCGUCUACUACUCAACAUCUAAUACUUGAUGCUUGUCGUAGCUCAACCAGCUCUUCAGUUUCUCCGUCUGGAUCAUCACCUUCUGUCGAGGUUUCCGUCGUCGGGCAAGCGGCUUCAAGUCCCACCUCCAUAUUAUUAUUCACAGGAAGCAUGCCAACGGACAAUACAAGGGAUAAUUUUAAUGAGAUCUUGAGUAACUCGGCGGUGCUUGGCCAAGAAGACGACGCAGCAGCAGAGAGAAAAGCUAAGGUGAUGAGAUACAGAGAAAAGAAGAAAAAACGAAAGUUCGACAAGCAAAUUCGCUAUGCAACAAGAAAGAUUCACGCAGAAGCGAGGCCACGGAUAAGAGGCCGCUUUGCCAAGAGUUUAGAGCCCAAUCCUGAUGAGUGCUGACCAAGUUGGAACUGGAUAGACUAUUCCCUCCUUAGAUGGGAUCAGGAUCAGUCAACUUAAUUAGCUAUGUCAAGCCAUAACCAGCAAUAUUGUUAUCAUUUACUUUUCUUGUGCUUCGAUCUAUAUAUUUUUGUCUCUCUGAAGUCUGAACUGAAACCUCAAAUUGAAGUGUCGCUCCCUAUCUUUUUUCUUCUCGUUUGGUUCU